AUGAGGGAUCACCACAGUCUCAGCAACGGAAGACCUGCAGACAUGUCUUCGUCAGAGUCGAGGCCGCAAUCAAAAGACAAGCCAGACAGGGCGAGCAACCCCAUGUCCUUUGCAAGCAUCCUUGGCCCUUCAAACAACGAACCCUCUCCAAAAAUAUCUGAAGCGAAACUGCCUCCUCAGCGGCCGGCGACGCCACCAGCGCCGCCGCCGCCGCCUCCGCCCAAAGAGCCUUUUGUAGAAAGCAAGCCUGUGCCUGAGAUGCCACCUGUGACCAGAAUGCUCGACGUCAGCCCAAGUCAGACUUUGGGCAAUGGCAUCAGCAAAUCGCAACCGAAAGCAGAGGCAAUACACGCUCCCAAAAAAUAUGUCGCACCACCACGACCACGAAAGAUACUCACGGAGGGGGAGGCUGACAAGAUACUGAAAGCUCUUGCUGUCAUCGACGACACUAGUUUCAGUGACGCCGAGGAUGUCUCCUGGUCCGAGCACAAGGAACGAUACAAGCAAAGAACUAGGAAGAGAGCCGCAGAAGUGUACGAAGUCGAAUUGCACAAGCGCAAGCGCCGUCGUGGCUAUCUCCUGGAAACAUUCAUCCGAUCCAUGGACAAACAAGGCCUUAUUGCAGCUCAGCGCUUCCGUGAACGCUUCGAACCUGUCGCUGCCAAGGAGAUUGCCGACAAGGAUCACCAGAGCGAAAAAGAAAGAAAGAAAGACAUGCAGCGAAAACGGCGCCGUGAGCAGCAGAUCCGUCAUGAGCGAAACAGGCUGGAAGAGCUGGAACAGCGUGCAAGAGAUGCUGAAGAUCAAGAAGAGGCACAAAAAUAUCUGAGGCAAGCAGAGAAGUCCCAGGCUCGCAUAAAACAGACCACAGAACUGCUCGAGGGUGUCCCUACCCAGGAAGACAUGGAAGUACCGGCCCCGGCUCCAAACUACGAAGGUGGUGUUACAUCUUCAUUCCAGCUCGCCACGCCCGAACCUGGUGAGCCACCUAAGAAGCGCAGCAAGAAGGAACCCGGUGCUCCCUCCGCUCGUCUAAAGAAGUCCAAAGAAAAGAAGCAGGCCGAGAAAGAUGCCGCAGAAGCGGCUUAUGCGGCGAUGGAAAAGGAUGCCUUGAUCCAAAUUGCGCCCAAGGAAGAAGCGACCCCCGGCCCAUCUGGCAAGUCCAAAAAGUCCAAGGAGCCCAAGGAGCCCAAGGAGGUCCCUGCUACUCCUCCGCCACAGACAGUCAACUAUGAAUCGAAAGGAUAUGUUCAAAUCUACGAGCAGAUCUGGAGAGACUUGGCGAGAAAAGAUGUACCGAAAGUAUAUCGGAUUAAGCAAGUAUCUCUCUCUAUCAGACAGGAAAACCUCCGCAAGACUGCCAUCCUCGCAAGCAAACAAGCGCGGAAAUGGCAGGAGCGCACCAACAAGAGCAUGAAGGAUACCCAAGCACGGGCGAAACGUGUUAUGCGUGAAAUGAUGUCCUUCUGGAAGCGGAACGAGCGGGAAGAGCGAGAUCUACGUCGUCUCGCAGAGAGGAAGGAGAUUGAAGACGCAAAGAAAGCUGAAGCCGAUCGCGAGGCCAACAGACAGAAGCGGAAACUCAACUUCCUCAUCUCGCAAACAGAGAUCUACUCGCAUUUUAUCGGGCGCAAAAUCAAAACAGACGAAGUGGAGAGAGCCACAGACAAUGGAGAGGUUCACAGUUCCGGAGAGAAGAGCAUGCCCAAUGGAGAUCAGGAUCAAGACGUGGAUGACUUAUCACUGUCCAAGCAACACGCAAACGUCAAGGUCACUAACUUUGAAGACCUGGAUUUCGACGCCGAGGACGAGUCAGAGUUGAGGAAGGUCGCGAUAUCCAACGCUGCAAGCGCACUGCAGGAUGCACAAGACAAAGCGCGCAACUUCAACGCACAAGACUCCAUGGCUGCUCUUGACUCGAGCGAGAUGAACUUUCAGAAUCCUACCAUGGCAGGCGAUGUACAAGUCUCCCAGCCCAAGAUGUUGCAGGCUCAACUCAAGGAAUACCAGCUCAAAGGUCUCAACUGGCUGGUUAACCUUUACGAGCAAGGUAUCAACGGCAUACUGGCAGAUGAAAUGGGUCUCGGCAAGACCGUUCAGUCUAUUUCGGUCAUGGGCUAUCUUGCAGAGCAGCACAACAUCUGGGGACCCUUCUUGGUCAUCGCUCCAGCCUCAACGCUACACAACUGGCAGCAAGAAAUCACCAAAUUUGUGCCCGCAAUCAAGGUUCUUCCAUAUUGGGGCAGUGCAAAGGACCGAAAGAUCUUGCGAAAGUUCUGGGAUCGGAAGCACAUCACCUACACGAAAGAUUCCGAGUUCCACGUGCUCGUUACUUCAUAUCAACUUGUCGUUCAGGAUGCUCAGUAUUUCCAGAAGAUCCGAUGGCAGUACAUGAUUCUGGACGAGGCGCAAGCCAUCAAGUCAUCAAGCAGUUCCAGAUGGAAGACUCUCCUCGCUUUCCAGUGUCGCAACCGGCUUUUGCUCACGGGUACACCGAUUCAGAACAAUAUGCAAGAGUUGUGGGCUUUACUCCAUUUUAUCAUGCCCACGCUGUUUGACUCACACGACGAGUUCAGUGACUGGUUCUCCAAGGACAUUGAAAGCCAUGCACAGAGCAACACCAAGUUGAAUCAGGAUCAACUCAAGCGGUUGCAUAUGAUUCUCAAGCCAUUCAUGUUGCGGCGUGUCAAGGCACAUGUGCAGAAGGAACUUGGCGACAAGGUUGAAAAAGAUGUCUUCUGCGAGCUCACCUAUCGACAACGAGCGUACUACUCGAAUUUGCGCAGCAAGAUCAGCAUCAUGGACCUGAUCGAGAAGGCAGCUCUGGGCGGCGACGAAGAUACUGCCACUCUGAUGAACUUGGUCAUGCAGUUCCGAAAAGUGUGCAACCAUCCCGAUUUGUUCGAACGAGCAGACACAACUUCGCCGUUCUCGAUGUCGUAUUUUGCCGAGACCGCCUCAUUCGUCCGAGAAGGCUCCUUUGUGCAGGUCGGCUAUUCUGUCCGCAACCAAAUUCGAUAUGAUCUGCCUCGAGUAUUGUGUAAUGAUGUUGGGAGAUUAGACGCCGCUGGACCUAACAAUCCCUACGCCGGCUUUCGACGCGCUGGUUUCAAGACCAAGGGACUUGGUGGUCUGAUGAGGAUCUGGACUCCUGAGCACAUCAAAUCCUCAGCCGAAGACGACGGGGCGUUCUCCUUCCUGCGUUUCGUCGACACCUCCGCCGGUGAAGCCUCCUCUUAUAGCGAGUCUGGACCCUUCGAGCGUGCCAUACAGCUCAAGAGACAGCAGAGACGAAGGAUACACAUCUUUCAAGAUUCUGCAGAUGGAUCCGACGGGCCGCCGGCGCAUGCCAUGUUCAACAUUGUGGAAAACGAACCCCGACAGGCUCUCAGGCAACUGGAUCCCAACUCGAACCUCGCAAAACUUUGCAAUAUUUCCAGGGAUACGCUUGCGGAACACGGGGUCUCGGUGUUGGAACCGGCAGCCCGACCGAAAGCGUUGGCCCCGCCGAUUGAGGUCAGUUGCUUUGAUCAAUCCUCAAUCUCGGAUCGACAAUUGACCUUGUUCAACACGGAUGUCCGCAACACGCUGUACCCGCUAGAAGAAUCACUGGAGGAGAAGCUACUUGAGCGUGACGAGGAUCCUGCCAAUUUCCCGAUCUCCAAUAUGCUGCCCGCACCGGAAUCUGCAAAGGCCAGGUACACCAACAUCGCGGUGCCUUCGAUGCGCCGAUUUGUUACGGAUUCAGGCAAGCUUGCGAAACUGGAUCAGCUGCUUCGAGCACUCAAACAGGGUGGACACCGUGUACUCUUGUACUUCCAGAUGACUCGUAUGAUCGACUUGAUGGAAGAAUAUCUCACGUAUCGCAACUACAAGUACUGUCGAUUGGAUGGGAGUACCAAGUUAGAAGACCGUCGAGACACGGUGCACGAUUUCCAGACCAGGCCCGAGAUCUUUAUCUUCCUGCUGUCCACCCGCGCUGGUGGUCUGGGUAUCAACUUGACAUCUGCCGAUACUGUCAUCUUCUACGACUCGGAUUGGAAUCCCACCAUCGAUUCGCAAGCCAUGGACCGCGCCCACCGACUGGGCCAGACCAAACAGGUCACAGUGUACCGGCUCAUCACUCGUGGGACCAUCGAAGAACGCAUCCGCAAGCGGGCCAUGCAGAAAGAAGAAGUGCAACGAGUCGUCAUCACCGGCGGAGAUGGAGCUGGUGUGGACUUCAAUACCCGCGAUCGGCGUGAGAAUAGGACCAAGGAUAUCGCCAUGUGGCUCGCAGACGAUGACCAAGCGGCUCUUAUUGAACAGAAGGAAAAGGAAAUUGCCGAGAAGCCUGAUGAGGAGAACACAAGGAAGAGGAGCAAGAAGGCGGCGGCGGCGGCGGCGGCGGCGGCGGCGGCGGCUGCGGCUGGUGGAAGGAAACGAAAGGGCGAAAUGAGUUUGGAUGAUAUGUAUCAUGAAGGCGAAGGACAUUUCGAAGAUGCUUCGGCGAAACCGUCCGGGGCGGCAACUCCCGUCAGCGCAGCAGAGACGGCUGGACCGAAGCGUGGGCCUCGUGGCGGACGAGGCGUGAGCAAGAAGGCCAAGACGGCGAAACAGAGACUUGCCAUUGUUGAUGCCGAAGGGGAUCUGGGCAUGGGUGGGACAUGA